AUGACGUCACUUUCAAAGAUAUGGUCCCUGGCAGAUGUGAAUGAAGAUGGAUGGUUGGAUUUACAGGAAUUCUCAAUUGCCAUGCAUCUAGUGGUGCUGAAAGUCAAAGGAGAGGUUCCGAUUCCUGAUGUUUUGCCGGUUUUUGCCAGACCCCCUAUCACCGAACCACGUGGUGAUAGUCGGGUAGCUGAUGUUAGUCCGACUGUAAGCGUUACCAGGAGACCCCCACCGGAGCCACCAGCCCGUCCCCAACAACGUGGCCAUAAUCGAAGUGCAAGUUUGGACCUAAAACUGAUUUCACUGAACAAAAAUUCUGGAAAAUUGUCUGAAGCUCCGCCCACAACGCUGUCUCUCUGGUCAUCUCAUUCGGAUCCCACCACACAUCCUUCUUCAAUUAGUACGACAACCACGACCACGACAUUUGCCUCUUUUCCGGAGAGUAAUCGAGAAGAGAAACGCGCCAUCUCAACCACAGACUCCUCAACCCAAACAUCGGGAAUUUAUUAUUCUGAGGAAGAAGUAAAAUCAUUUUUCUCAAAAAUCGGAGAUCAAAUCGAUGAUUUAUUGGGUGAUGAGCUGAUUGCAACAGAAGGAGAAGGAAUCGAGAGAUUCAAUAAAAGAUGUGCGGCCCUUAGAAUUCAGAAUUCGGAGCUCGAAGCGGAACGAGCUCGACUGGCUCAAGUUAGAAUCCAACUGGAAAUUCGAGUUCAAGAAUUUGAAGAGCGGUCCAAGACGGCUUGUUCUUCAUCUACUCUGUAA